UGGCUCAUGUAAUUCAGUCAAUAGUUAACAGGUCGUGUAGUUAUAAGUCAGUUACAUGCAACAGGUUUCUUGUGUAUCAGACUAUAAACCUCAGUGAAUGUGUGUGUAUGUUCUGAUUAUACUUCCUAGCUUCUUAAGCCAGCCGAUGUACAUAGGAUGGGGUUCGAACCAGGAACACAGUCUGGAAAUUGAGUGUCUAAGUCGAUUGAUUAGCUACAUUUCCACUAGUCAGUAUAGAAAUACUUGGCUCUUAUAUGUUUCGGUAACACUAGUCAGAAGUUUUUGUAUCCUCUUGUUAUGAAAAACAAACGGAAAUACCCAUCAAAUUCCAAAACCCACAGUCGUAAGACCGAAUCACAACUUUCUCCCGGUAAAUCAGAAAAUGAAGAUAGAAUUAUCACAGCUAUGUGGGACUUUGAACAAUGCGAUCCUAAACGUUGUUCAGGUCGUAAAUUGGCUCGUCUGGGAAUGAUCAAACUAUUGCGGUUAAACGAAAGUUUUGGAGGCAUUGUACUAACACCAACUGCGACGUGUGUCUUAUCUCCAGAAACUGAUUGUCAGAUAUUACAAAAUGGUGGUAUUGCUGUAGUUGAUUGUUCAUGGGCAAAGCUGGAAGACACUGGAUUCAACAAGUUGAAAUUCCAUCAUGGACGUUUACUACCGCUUUUGAUAGCUUCUAAUCCAGUCAAGUAUGGAAAACCAUUCCAAUUAUCAUGUGUUGAAGCACUAGCCGCUGGUCUUUACAUUCUAGGCAAACAAGAUCAAGCCAGUGAAUUGUUGGAUAAAUUUUCCUGGGGUCAUCAAUUUCUAACACUGAAUAAUCAUCGAUUACAAUCCUAUUCAGAGUGUACAACAAGUAAAGAAAUUUUGAGCCUACAAGAUCAUUUUCUGAAACAAAUAACUCGUGUAAAUAAAGACGAUAAUACUAAUAGUAGUAAUAACUCAAAAUCAUACGCUGAUGUGUAUAAUGAAUUGGAUGAAGAGUUGAAUGCUGAAUCUUCAAAGUCUAGUUGUUCUGAAUCAUCCGAGGAUUGUGACGAACAAGAAACAGAAGAUGAUGAUGAUGAUAGUUCACUGAGCAGCGAUGAAAAUUCCCCUUGUGACAGUCAUGAUUCUUCAGUAAAAGAAGAUGAAGAGGUGAAAAAGAUUUUAACUAAACAAAUUGACACUUUGGUAACUUCAUUUGAACGGACAAAACUUCUCUCGCAAGCGGGAAAAAAUUGGGAUCGUUUUUAUAAUCGAAAUGGUGUUCGAUUUUUCAAAGAUCGUCAUUGGACAACACGAGAGUUUGUAGAAUUAUCCUGUUUGGAUAAUAAAACUCCAAGAUCUCUAUUGGAAGUUGGUUGUGGUGUUGGAAAUUUCUUAGUUCCUCUAAUCGAAAGUAUCAUAUCUGUGUCAGAAAAGCAAGAUGUACAAAUUUCCGAGGAAGAAUUUGACGAUAUGUCAAUAAAGAAUGGUUUUCUUCGUUUCUAUGCUUGUGAUGUUUCUCAACGUGCUGUAAAUAUGCUAAAAGAACGUGUUCAACCAUAUCCAAUCAAAUGUGAUGCAUUUGUCUGUGAUAUAACUCAAGCUGAUUCGUUGAAAACUGCACUAUCCUCCGUAAACUCUUCCAAUAAUAUGGAAUCUAGCAAUGAGGCAAUCAGUGUUGAUUUAGUGACAUUAAUAUUUGUACUGUCUGCAUUAAAUCCAGACGAAAUGCCCAUAUGUCUCCGCAAUAUUUCAAGUGUUCUGUCACCUGGUGGUCGCCUACUAUUUCGUGACUAUGGACAAUAUGAUCAUGCUCAGUUAAGAUUUGGAAGAAAGUCUCGAUUAUACGCGGAUCGACCAUCCUAUGUUAGACAGGAUGGAACACUAUCCUACUUUUUUACAGAAGAGGAAUUAACUAACCUGUUCACAAAUGCUGGUCUAUCAAUAAUUCGACUUCAAUGGGUCCACAAAGAAACUAAAAAUGCAGCCAAAGGACUUUGUGUAAAACGAGUUUUUCUUCAAGCUGUUUGUGAGAAACCCGUGAACUAAUUCUCAAAGGUGCUUGCUUGCCCAUGCUGUGACUGCAUUACCUUAGAUCUCGUGAUAGUAAAUGCUAAAAUUUUGUACAUAAACUGUUUUUUCUUCAUCAAAUAAUAUCUACCAUGUGCAAAUAUGUAUAAUUUCAAAAGCACAGUGCUUUAGACAGUUGUGUCUCAUUGCUUCUAUUUAUGUUUCUUGAACUUAGUUUUAGUUAUAGAC